GUAACGCGCCUGCACGUUCUCGUGAGCGCAGCUGAGUCGGAUGUGCAGUCAAAGGCCUUCCGGUACUGAGGCUCACACAACAGCAGGAAAAUGGCGCAGAUCGCCAAAACACAUGACGACAUUGAGGCUCAGAUCCUGGAAAUCCAGGGGAUGAAAGCUGCCCUGGUGGAGGGAGCUGAGCAAGGGGUUGGACUUGAUUCCACUGGAUAUUAUGACCAGGAGAUCUACGGCGGCAGUGACAGCCGCUUUGCUGGAUAUGUGACAUCAAUUGCUGCCAACGAGCAGGAAGAUGAUGAUGAUGAAGAUUCAUCCACAAGUCUGCUUGGACCGAAGAAACCAGGAUAUCAUGCACCGGUUGCAAUACUCAAUUCCAUUCCUCAGUCAGAUGAGCAGUAUGAUCCCUUUGCUGAACACAGACCACAGAAGAUUUCAGAUCGUGAGGACGAGUACAAGAAACGCAGACAAAAGAUGAUCAUCUCCCCAGAGCGCCACGACCCAUUUGCUGAUGGGGGCAAAACGCCGGACCCCAAGAUGCAGGUCAGGACAUACAUGGAUGUUAUGAAGGAGCAGCAUCUGUCCAAAGAGGAGAGAGAGAUCAGGCUGCAGAUGUUAGAGAAAGCAAAAUCUGGAGAGCUGAAAGCAGUGAACGGCUCUGCUGCAUCCCAGGCUGCUGCGGCCAAACGCAAACGACGCUGGGACCAGACGGCUGACCAUACCCCCAGCAACACCACACCCAAAAAAGUCUCCAGCUGGGACCAGGCAGAUGGAGGUCCUGAAACACCAGGGCACACACCUUCCAACAGUCGCUGGGAUGAGACACCUGGUCGUGCCAAAGGUAGCGAGACCCCAGGAGCUACUCCGAGCACCCGUAUGUGGGAACCCACACCAAGCCACACCCCAGCUGGAGCUGCCACGCCAGGUCGAGACACCCCUGGACAUGCCACUCCUGGCCACGGAGGGGCCACUUCCAGUGUGCGCAAGAACCGCUGGGAUGAGACACCAAAGACAGAGAGAGAAACACCUGGUCAUGGAAGUGGCUGGGCUGAGACUCCACGUACAGACAGAGGAGAUGAAUCAGUGGGUGAGACGCCCACCCCAGGAGCAAGCAAGAGGAAGUCAAGAUGGGAUGAAACACCAGUCAGUCAGAUGGGCUCUUCAACUCCUCUGCUCACCCCUGGAAAAACCCCUCUGGGCACACCUGCUAUGAAUAUGGCCACACCCACUCCAGGUCACCUGAUGAGCAUGACUCCAGAGCAGCUGCAGGCUUGGCGCUGGGAGCGCGAGAUUGACGAGAGGAAUCGUCCAUUGACGGAUGAGGAACUUGAUGCCAUGUUUCCAGAAGGAUACAAAGUACUGCCGCCACCAGCAGGUUAUGUACCCAUCCGCACCCCAGCCCGUAAGUUAGCUGCCACGCCCACCCCCAUCGGAGGCAUGACUGGCUUCCACAUGCAAACAGAGGACAGAUCAAUGAAACAAGUCAACGAUCAGCCCUCUGGAAACCUGCCCUUCCUCAAGCCAGAUGACAUCCAGUACUUUGAUAAACUGCUGGUUGAAGUUGAUGAGUCCACCCUCAGUCCAGAAGAACAGAAGGAGCGUAAGAUCAUGAAGCUGCUCCUCAAGAUCAAGAAUGGAACACCUCCUAUGAGGAAGGCUGCUCUUCGUCAAAUCACAGACAAAGCCAGAGAGUUUGGUGCCGGACCCCUCUUUAACCAGAUCCUGCCGUUGUUGAUGUCUCCUACACUGGAGGACCAGGAGCGUCAUCUCUUGGUGAAAGUCAUUGAUCGUAUCCUCUACAAACUUGAUGACUUGGUUCGACCAUAUGUCCACAAGAUUCUUGUGGUGAUUGAGCCCUUGCUGAUUGAUGAAGAUUACUAUGCUAGAGUAGAGGGUAGAGAGAUCAUCUCCAACUUGGCAAAGGCUGCUGGUCUGGCCACUAUGAUCUCUACCAUGAGGCCUGAUAUUGACAACAUGGAUGAGUAUGUGAGAAACACCACAGCUCGUGCUUUCGCUGUUGUAGCGUCUGCCCUGGGCAUUCCAUCUCUCCUGCCUUUCCUCAAGGCUGUUUGCAAGAGCAAGAAAUCCUGGCAGGCUCGUCACACGGGUAUCAAGAUCGUACAGCAGAUCGCUAUUCUCAUGGGCUGUGCUAUCCUGCCACAUCUCCGCAGCUUGGUGGAGAUUAUCGAGCAUGGUCUCGUGGAUGAGCAGCAGAAAGUGCGAACCAUUAGUGCUCUGGCUAUCGCUGCCCUGGCUGAAGCUGCUACACCAUACGGUAUCGAGUCCUUUGAUUCUGUGCUGAAACCCCUUUGGAAAGGUAUCCGGCAACACCGAGGCAAGGGUCUUGCUGCCUUCUUGAAAGCCAUCGGAUACUUGAUUCCUCUUAUGGAUGCUGAAUAUGCCAACUAUUACACCAGAGAAGUGAUGCUUAUCCUUAUUAGAGAAUUCCAGUCACCUGAUGAGGAAAUGAAGAAGAUUGUCCUGAAGGUGGUGAAGCAGUGCUGUGGCACAGAUGGUGUGGAAGCCAAUUACAUUAAAACAGAGAUUUUGCCCCCCUUCUUCAAACAUUUCUGGCAGCACAGGAUGGCGUUGGAUAGGCGCAACUACAGACAGUUAGUGGACACUACAGUGGAGCUGGCCAAUAAGGUAGGGGCCGCUGAGAUUAUCUCCCGUAUCGUGGAUGACUUGAAGGAUGAAGCUGAGCAGUACAGGAAAAUGGUCAUGGAGACCAUUGAGAAAAUUAUGGGCAACCUUGGUGCCGCUGACAUCGAUCACAAACUGGAGGAGCAGCUUAUUGAUGGAAUCCUGUACGCCUUCCAGGAACAGACCACUGAGGACUCUGUGAUGCUAAAUGGCUUUGGUACGGUGGUAAAUGCCCUGGGUAAGAGAGUUAAACCAUACUUGCCUCAGAUCUGUGGUACAGUGCUGUGGCGUCUCAACAACAAAUCCGCCAAAGUCCGUCAACAGGCUGCUGACCUGAUUUCUCGCACAGCGGUGGUCAUGAAGACAUGUCAAGAGGAAAAGCUUAUGGGCCAUUUGGGUGUGGUGUUGUAUGAGUAUCUGGGAGAAGAAUACCCAGAAGUGCUGGGUAGCAUUCUUGGAGCCCUUAAAGCUAUUGUCAAUGUUAUUGGUAUGCACAAGAUGACACCACCUAUCAAAGACUUACUUCCAAGGUUGACUCCAAUCUUGAAGAACCGACAUGAGAAGGUGCAGGAGAACUGCAUUGAUUUAGUGGGCAGAAUUGCUGACAGGGGUGCAGAGUAUGUGUCUGCCAGGGAAUGGAUGCGCAUCUGUUUUGAAUUGCUAGAGUUGUUGAAAGCCCACAAGAAGGCCAUCCGCAGAGCUACUGUCAAUACUUUCGGCUACAUCGCCAAGGCUAUUGGUCCUCACGAUGUGCUGGCCACGUUGCUUAACAAUCUGAAGGUGCAGGAGCGUCAAAACCGUGUGUGCACAACGGUAGCCAUCGCUAUUGUGGCCGAGACGUGUUCGCCGUUCACCGUGCUCCCUGCGUUGAUGAACGAGUACCGUGUUCCUGAACUUAACGUUCAGAACGGCGUCCUAAAGUCUCUGUCCUUCCUGUUUGAAUACAUCGGUGAAAUGGGCAAAGAUUACAUCUAUGCCGUCACACCUUUGUUGGAGGAUGCUCUGAUGGACAGGGAUCUUGUACACAGACAGACAGCCAGUGCUGUGGUGCAGCAUAUGUCUCUGGGAGUGUAUGGCUUUGGCUGUGAAGAUUCUCUCAAUCAUUUGCUCAACUAUGUCUGGCCAAAUGUCUUUGAAACGUCCCCUCAUGUUAUCCAAGCUGUCAUGGGGGCCCUUGAGGGUCUGCGGGUGGCAAUUGGACCCUGCCGCAUGCUGCAGUAUUGCUUGCAGGGUUUGUUCCAUCCAGCUCGCAAAGUGCGUGAUGUGUACUGGAAGAUUUACAACUCCAUCUAUAUCGGCUCCCAGGAUGCACUGAUCGCACAUUAUCCUCUUGUCUACAAUGAUGAGAAGAACUCAUACGUUCGCUAUGAGCUGGAGUACUUUCUGUGAAUAUAACUACCCUUGUGCACUCUCUCUUUUCUCCUCUAUCUGUGUCUAAUUCAUGGUUUAUAGGACUUGGUUUUUGUUAUGUUACAACCAGCACCACAAAUUCUGUGGUUUAAAAUCUUAUUUCUCAUUAAAGAACAGGACAAAGUCGAAAAAAGAAUCUGUUAAACGUGAUGCUUUUAGGUCUUUGGAUUAGACUUCUGUUUUUACGGCGUGGCACCAUGCACAGUGACAGUGAAGAUAGUAGCAGAGUUUCUGAGGAAUGUGAUUUAUCUUCAGUAAAUCUUUUAACUAGAGACCUGUAUCCUGAUCUGUCGAGCCCUCCCUCUCUCUCUCUCGCUCAGUCACUCAUCUGUUCUUAUUAUAAUGUUGCUUAGUUUGGCGGAAUAAACAUUUGUGUAUUAAAAGUCA